AUAUGCAAGUGACACGUAACUUCACAUAAUUAAAUUUACUUUUUGUGACCUCCAAAUGUGUAAAUUGGUGAAAAUUCGUGUUUCUGCCGGUUAAUUACUUCACAACAAUAUGACGGACAAAAGUUUCGGUGAUCACAUGAACAGGAACAUAGUGAAAAACCCACUUCUGUCUACUGCGGUGACGGGGUUGUCUAUCGAGGACUUGACACAUAAUGCUGUGUUAUUGCCCGUUUCUCUAAGCCAAGAUUUGAUCACACGACCAGAUCAACAAACCGGGUCCCAAUCGCGUACCCUGCAGCAGCACGAACAUGCCGUCUCUAACUACCCAUCUGGCGACACGAAUUCUAAUCCAAUAUCCCUAAACCAACCCCACAACCCACCAACCAACUUCACCACACCCCCACGCGACAUAAAAAGCGAAAAAGAUUCAGAUAAACUGAGAUCAACUGUGUCAAAGGCCUCAGUGAAAUCCGACGAUGAUUUCGACGUGAAUGAAUACUUUGCUAGGUUGCACGGCACACGAUACGUCAGCGCUCCGAUUAAUAGCGUCUUAAAGGAAGAUAAGAACGCAAAUUUAGAAGAAACAGAGGGGAAUUUAGAAGAAAUUAACUUGAAUGAGCCUGAGAAAGAUGUGCAGCAGAGUUUAACAGCGGAUAUAGCUCAGAACUUUUCUCAACUACCGACGGUGUUGCCGCAAAUGGCGAGUGCUGUUUUUAGCUCGUUUUCCAACAUGUUGCAGACGAGGAAGAGUAGGGAACCAACUCCCGAUGGUGUUAAAGCAGGAGGAUACCAGGAGGUGCAAUUUGAAAGGCCGUCUGUACCGGUGGCGGAGUUUGGAAGAGAUGUGGCGCCGCCGCCGAAGGAGCCCCUGACGAUGCCUCCCACUGUUGGUACCGCCAAUUACCGACUCCCGCCGAAGAAAAAGUACGCACAGAUACCAGGGUUAUCGUCAGGAGAUUGUGCACCAUCGCCCUACCAAAAUAUGCCGCUGAUGACCCAAAAUAUGCCUCCUUUGGGUCUAAACAUGCCACAAUCGAGUCAGAGUAUGCCACCGUCGGGUCCACACAUGCCUCCAUUAAGUCAAACCAUGCCAGCAAAUCAAACUAUACCUCAGUAUUUCGUACCAAACAUGAAUGUCGACGCACAAAAUCCUCAAUUCAGUACUGAUCCAGAAAAAUCCAUUGAAAACCCGAUCCUACAUAACGUUGGAAAUCAAAGUAACGUCCCAUCAUAUUUCAUCCCGGAUACAAGUCAGUAUAAUCAACCGAAUAAAGCUGUUGAUUUUACCAAUCCAGUUGAAAGUCAGGCGCCACAGCAGAUGGUCGACAUUACGAAAACAAGUGACCGAAUAGAUGUAAAUAAGCCACGUGUAACAGCGCAAAACAUUCCAGUAGAUAAAACAAAUAGUCAACCUUCUGAAAUUGAGCUAAAUUUCUUUGUUGAGCAAAAUACUAGUCAGACUGUUCUACCACCACAAUCGUAUAACACAAAUACAAGUGUUGCUAGCCAAGUGGCCAACUCAGUCCUUCCACCACCACCGAUGUUCGCAAAUCUACCUCGAAAAGAUAGCCUUAGCGCUGGUAAAUCAAUACUACCUCCUUCUGUCGCUAGGCGUAUAUCAGCUAAACAACCUUCGAAUCAAACACCUCCAGUUCCUUCAUUCACUGAGAACAUAUUUACGCCAGUCAUGCCAGAAACUACUGUAGAUAAAACGUCACAGGACGCUUCUGGAUUGGUAACAGCUCAACCGCGAUCGAGUCAAUCUGCUUUUACUCCAUUCAAUCAGCCAUCUACUUCGCCAGCAAUGAAUUUUCCACCUCAAGGGCCAAUAGGUUUGCAAAAUUUGCCUCCACCACCGAAGUCAGUACCGAUAGUGCCACAUGCUGAAGAAAAAAACGUUGCACAAACAUUUACCCAGCCAAGUAUUUCGCCAUCGUCUGUAGCAACAGGUUUAAAACAACAGUCGUCAGGUCUUAAGCAAGCGACUGUUUCUCCAUCAAUAUUUACGCCGAUGAGUGUACCAGCUUCGUCGUCUUCAGUGGCUAUCAACAAUCCGCAAUCAAAGCCAUUGGAAUCUUCGGUGACACCGCUAAUGUUCCAGCCAAACAACGCACAAGCAUUUAGUGAACCGCCCGCGGUUCCACCUACCCUUUUCAGUCCUACCGCGGUCCCAAUGACUUCAGUUUCUCAAAUGCCACCAACAGUACCAUCGGUUUUCAAUCCGACUUCUCAAGUUGCGCCACCAGCGUUCUUCAACCCAACCGCUACACCUGCGCAAAAUAAUGAAUAUCCACCAAACGACAUUCAAACCAAACUACCUAUUGUUCAGGGUACUCCUGAACCACCGAAACCCGCCGUGCCAGAACCGCCAAAAGCUUCAGGUGCUGUCAAUUUCAGAAUGACAAAGAAGAGACCACAGUACUAUGCAGGUCCUAUAGAAGGAGUUGGUGCAAUAAGCAAUAAUGUGAAACCAGUCAUCGCGCCGGUGGAUACUGGACCUUUCCAAGGUGCUCUGUUUACACCGCAAGCAAGUAAUACCGUCACACCAGUAGCUCCUACUGAGCAAUCAGUGCCGUUUGAUAUAAGCCGACCAACGGCCCCUAGCCAUGCACCGUUUGAACUAAAUCAACCCCAACAGCAAAUGCCGCAAUAUAAUACCGCUUUUGACAUGAGCAGGCCGAUAACUGAAACUUAUAAUGAACCGUCUAAGCAAGAAUCCAGCGGAUUCGGCCUCUUUGGGUCUUUAAAAUCUAAGCUCAGCUCUAUAGAUAUCAAUAAGAUCCAGAAUAGCGUGACUACGUUCUUCGAUCCUGGGUACAAUGAAACCAGGAAAGACACAACUGGUGUACAGGAUAAUGUGACUUAUGGGCAACAGCAGUUUACGCCUUACGCUCAACAGCAUUACGGGCCAAGUCAGAGUAGCAAUUUCGAAAUAUUUGUCCCGACCGGCGAACAGCCCGCAUCAGGGUCUAACCAAGCAUAUAACUACCAAACACCUAAUCAGAAACAAUAUAGUUACGACCAGGAGAAUCAGAAUUUUUACCAAAACCAAGAUACUUACAAUUACUAUCAAAAUACCGCGCCGAGCGUUGGUGAUUACUAUACGGGUGCUAACUAUCAAACUAAUGUAAACGCAGCGGUGACUUAUCAACCCAUCUCAACUGGUAACGUCCAACAUCAACAAACAGUUGGACAAGGCAAUACAGAUUUACGUCAAGGGCACGGCCAACAGCACUUAGACUCUAACGUACUACCAGAUUCGGCCCUACCACCACAAUACUCACAAGACAAUCUGAAACCAUACAUACCAACAGCGACUCAUCCUACUAUUUCAAUGAAUAUACCAGAAUCACAACCUGCAGCUCAAAAUAUCGACCAAUCACAAGCUGAGCCUGCAGCGAAGAAUUUAUUUGAUCCUGUACAGAAUCUAUUAUCACAAAAUAUAGAGAAUGUUCCAGGAACAGUGCCUACAGUUCAAAGUACAUUGAAUACUCAGAACUCUGCUCAAGAUAAUUUAAAUACGUCGGCUAAGAGUUUCUUCGAUAGUCGACAAGAAAAUCCACCACCGACUGAAACAAAUACUUCAGUAAAUGUAUUACAAACAUCUCGAUCAUCAAUCGAGAAAGCUGAAAUAGGAUUUACUGUACCAACAAGCAUGUUUUCUAGUUUACAGUUAAACGUAGGACUAAAUGCGCCUCAAAGAGCAUUUAAAACUGGUGAGAGUAUAUCAAAUACUCAACAUGUAGGACAAAUAAUUGCUCUAAUAGGAACAGACUCGUCAGCUAAGAACUUAUUCGAUAGUACUCACUCUGAUUUACUUCAGAUCUUAAAACAGGGUGAUGUUCAAGUAGUUGAUAUUUCUCCUUCUAAUCAAACGAAUAUAAAAGAGAAGGCGGUCGACCGUGACGCGGCAGCUAGCUUCUUUAGUACACCACCGAUCAAUCUACAAGCCCAUUCAGGAAUUCAAAGCGAACAGUUAAAAUCCUACCCUGAGGAUAGCACUCCAAGAGACAAGACAGAAGAUGAAGAAUCUAAUAUACAAGAAAAAACGAAACGUACCGAUGUACAGAAGAUAAUGUUCAACAUUCAAGAUAAUGCAGUCGAUUUUUUCGGUUCUCUAAGUGGAAACCGAAUGCAUCCAGACGGUGGCUUAUUUUCUAAUUUCUCAUUAGCUUCUGAUAAUAACCAAAGCGACAUAUUCCAAGAACUAGCGAGAAGUGCCGAAGUUCUAAAAGAAAACAUGUGUAAAGAUUCACCUCAAUUAGAUAUAUCAUCUACUGCACUGUUUGGACUAUCAAACAUGCUUGCCGAUAAAACUAAAGAACUGAAAGAUUUGCAAGACGAAAUGAAAAGUAUGAGCAUACAUGAAACACCUAAAGAAGAUGAAGAAUUCAAUCCAACCACUGAUGCGUCCUUUGAAAACCGUGAAGCACCUGAUGACAAUAUAGGUGACGAUGAUGGAUUGAACAUUUGCGAAACAUGUCGCGAAGUCAACAAACCUGAAGAGAAAGAAAAUGAACUGAUCGAUGACUUGACGACGCAGCUAAUUGAAAACAUAACAUCGCCAAUACAGCUUCUGAACCCCGUUGAAGUACCUUUGACGGAAGCCAGUCCUGUAGUGACAGAUGUAACGGAUUUCGAUACUUCUCAGUGUGAGGAAAUAUCACACAUUACUGAAGAAACGAUUGAGACUAUUCAAGUGCAGUCGGCUACUGAACUGUUAGAUGAUGAACAACUGACUAUUCGACCUUACGGUUGGUCUACGGAUGACGUGCAAUAUUCUCCAAAAACACACGAAGAUCGUAACUACACGUUGCCUUAUCAAACGAAGAGUUCGGAACAUAAUUACAACCUGCCUAUCCAUCCCGAUUCUAUUGGAUUGUUCGGCAGUGACACAGUAACUGCGAACGUAGCGAAAGCUAACGAUGAGAUAAAGGCUGAGUACAAUAUGUCGCAGAAAGAUACACCGAUAGUUUUGCCUAGACAGAUGAGUAUACCUACAGCACCGCCCGAAGAAUAUGACACUAAGUCUGAAGGCAUUGACGUACAUUCUAUAGAACAAGACGCUAACAAAGACUUUCCUUUAUUCGAGGAAUUCGUCAUUGAACCUUCGGCUGACGAUGACAAAGAUGACGAGGAACAUAGCGCAGAUAAAGUCCGAGAUCUAGACUCAUUUACAAGCCGUGUCGACAAAUUCCAGAAGAAGGAAGAAGUCGACGUAUUCGAUAAGACUUCGCCUGUUUUUGGUGUAAAAUCAGCGCCGAGCCCUUCGAUACAUAUGGCGUCAUAUUUUGACACGGGAAACUAUGCGGUGGAGACGCAUUAUAGAAACUCUUUGACUUCACCAAACGUGAUGAGGAUACCGCCAGGGUUCGAGGAAGAGUUUCAGAGGAGACUUAGCGCUCACAAUAUACACAGGAAUGAUGUACCACCACCGAGUAUACCUGAAACAUCAACACAGACGAAAUUCACGUAUUCUCCAACGUUUAGUAUGGCACAGAAUGUGACAGAUUUUGCUACGUGUGUUACCACCUCACUUGCAUCUGGAUAUGUUGACAAAGCAAUUGAAAGAGAAAAGAAGUUGCCAGACUUUGCUACUGCUUUUGGAAUCAAAGCCAUAAUUGAAGACAUGUCUGCGGAAACAGUCAAAAUUUCAAGCGUAGAUGAGCCUGAUGUUAAACCUUGUCCUACUAUAGAAUUAGAAAAACCUAUUUUUGGAGCGAAAACUGAUGAAGUCACACGUCAGAUACCACUUUUCGAAAAGCCCAAAGUAGAUCUUAAAAUCCAAUCCCAACCUCUGCCAGAUCCCAUAAAUUUCUUCGGCGCCAGCGUGGAAAAUGUUGAAAAAGCGGACAAAAAUGAUAAUCAAUUCAAUAGACUAGCUAGUUACUUCUCGGCUCCCGCGAAAGCUGAUCACUCGAAGACUUUUUUUGAGUUAAGCCAGAGUCAAAACCACUAUCGACAACCAAGCAAAACUAGCGACGGUCAAUCUAGCACAAAUAUUAAACCCGAUAAUUACCCAAUCCAACGUAUAAAUGCAAACAUUUUUAACAUUCCACAAGAACAAUAUCUAGCCAAUCUAAACUUAAUGCAUGAUUUAACUAAUGUUCAAAACGCUGAAUUCAAACCAGAGACAGUUGUAAGAACUGUAAAUUAUUUCACGAUAGAAUACGAUAAUGCUAAUUUAGUAAAAGACCUAAAUAAGGGCGAACCUGAUUAUAAGAAAGAAAAACAAGACGAUGAUUUCGAUUCCGAUUUAGAAACUUCUCGAGAUGAUAAGACGUUGAGGAACAUAAUUAAUAGAUGUAAACACUGCUGUAACUUAACUGCAGGGCACGUUAGGAAGCUGGACAAUAUUAACCAUGAUGUUUUAACAGAUUUCAAAGUUAGGAAGUGUAUGGAUGGUAACUCGGAAGCUAAGAAAGACAAUAUCAUGGAGGGGGUCAAAGAAUGUGAUACUAGGACCUCUGUUGCGGUCAACUUUGAUAGUAGUGCGGACGAAGAGACUAAUGAAGGGGUCACAAUGAUGACUGAGAACCGGUCUUCCAUGGAGUACUCUCCAGUGAAGCACCACUGGUUCUACCGCGUCGACGUGGACUCCAAGUCCACCUGGCGAGGGUUCUCCGUCAACGACUCCCGGGCUCUCGAGGAGGCCUUCAACAGCCCUAACCUGAGCGAGGACACCCUGGUGGCUACUGACGGUGGCAGAUACGACGUGAACGUAACUGGACGACUUCGGUUUCCGGUGUACUGGACCGACAAACCCACUAAUGUCAGACGAUGUAGCUGGUUCUACAAAGGCACGACAGACGCCAGAUAUGUGCCGUAUACAGAAACCGUCGCGGAAAAAUUAGAGGAGGAGUACCGCCACGGUAUGACGACAGGCGAGUGGCAUCGGCGACUGGUGCUUCCCAACAACGAAAUGGUGGUGAUGCACGGCCCCGCUGUCAUGGUGCACUUCCUCCAGGGCAGCGCCACUGACGCCUUCAGCGCCCCGCCGCAAUCAACGAUGCGACCCCGUGUCGUUCGACGCGGCUACGACGAAUCAGAGAUUGAAGAAGUGGAGCCUUCAAGCAUAGACCACCUGCUGUUGCUGUGCCAUGGCGUCGGCUCAGCCUGUGACAUGCGGUUCAGAUCUGUUGAGGAAGUCGUGGACGACUUCAGAACGACGAGUCUGCAGCUCAUCCAGUCUCAUUACAAGAACUCCUUUGACAGCGGCGUUGUGGGACGAGUCGAGGUGCUCCCGAUCUCGUGGCACGCGACGCUGCACUCGGGCGAGACGGGCGUGGACCGGCGUCUGGCGCGCAUCACGCUGGACAGCAUCCCGCGGCUGCGGAACUUCACCAACGACACCGUGCUCGACGUGCUCUUCUACACCAGCCCCGUCUUCUGCCAGACGAUAAUCAACACGGUAUGCCUGGAGCUGAACCGUAUCUACGCGUUGUUCUGCGCGCGCAACCCCGGCUUCCAGGGCGGCGUGUCGCUCGGGGGACACUCGCUGGGCAGCGUCAUCCUGUACGACCUGCUGUGCCACCAGUCGCCGCCGCCCCCGCAGCCUGGGAUCGGCAGCAAGCGCUACGUCAGCGGCGCAGCGGGCACCGGCCAGCCCGCGGUGCAAUACCCCGCGCUCGACUUCAAGCCCACCGCGCUGUACGCGCUGGGCAGCCCCAUCGCAAUAUUCGAGUGUAUCCGCGGUGUGGAUUCUCUCGGUAUGGACUUCUCCCUGCCGACCUGCAAGAAUUUCUUCAACAUAUUCCACCCCUACGACCCUAUCGCUUACAGAAUAGAGCCACUGAUUAACCCACAACUGCGAGACGUGAAGCCAUCCUUGAUACCGCACCACAAGGGAAGGAAGAGAAUGCACUUAGAGUUGAAGGACACGAUGGCCCGCGUCGGGGCUGACAUCAAGCAGAAGCUGAUUGAAAGCAUCAAGAGCACGUGGUCCAGCAUGUGGAAGACACAACCGCCGCCCACAGACAGACAGCUGGAGAAGGUGGUGGAAGAGGAAAUGGAGAAGGAGCAGAUAGGGGAUGACAAGGAGGAGAUGACCAAUGAAGUGACCCCGCCGGAGCUCCUGGGGCAGCUGAACAGCGGCCGCCGCGUGGACUACGUGCUGCAGGAGGCGCCCUUCGAAAUGAUCAACGAGUAUCUCUUCGCCAUGAGCAGCCACGUCUGUUACUGGGAGUCAGAGGACACGAUGCUGUUGAUGCUGCGUGAGAUCUACUCCGGCCUGGGCGUCCAGCCGGACUGCUGUCUGCCUCAACACAGUCUCACGCUGCAGAGGACGCGCCUGCCCACCCCGGAGGAGGCCUUAGUGAUGAGCUCGUCAGAGCAUCCUUCUACCAGCCGCGGAACCACGUGACGAUAUAGCUAAUUAUACUAGAUAAUAACCGCAUAGAUAUUACCAUGGUAUAAGAACACCUGCGGGCUUAGCACCGUAAGCGCGCGACUCUCGCCUCGGCAUACGUCACCCGUCACUCUCUCACAGUACUGCACAGAAAGAGACAGACGAUCUCUGUCGCGGCGAGAAAGAGUCGCGUGCUUACGGUGCUAGGCCCGCAACUAUGCUCAAUCCUAUGCCAAGCCGCCAUUGCUAGCCCUUGAUGACGUAAGUGUUACCAUUAAAUUGGUAUCUUCAACAUUCCAAGGAUGCGAAUUUUAUAUUGAAAAUUAAGUGAAUUAUUAACUAAUGUAUUUAAUUACUUUUACAACUGUAAGUAAAUAUUUUACUAAAAGUUGAAAAUUUCGUUGCAAAGUAGAAAUAAAAGCAUUCAUUAGUAGUGGGUAAUUUAUUUUUUGCGAAAUGGCAACACAGGGCGGGAUGACGUCAGCUGGGCUAACCUUGAAAUGUUAGCUGUCAGUUUUGAGCAUAUCUGGUUUGCUUAUACCAUGCAUAUUAUAACCUACAUGGCGAUAUUAAUGUCUUUAAUGUCCUGGGAGCGGAGUUGGUGCUAAUAAGGCUAAUCGAUUAUUUACCCCUAAAUAAUCUACGGGUGUUAUUAAUAAACGAAUCUCAGCUGAGACUGCCCUCAAGAUCAUGCUCAAGUCUCUGUUUUUAUAUGAGAACUGUCACAUUGACAUGAUCUUGAGGGCAGUCUCGAAGCUGAGAUUAGUUUAUUAAUACCACUCUAAAUAUGCAUAAUGAGAUAAUGCAUCUUUUAUCUAAAAAGCAAUAUUGCUAUUUGACAUUUGUUUGCAUUACGCACUUACUUUUAUAUGCGCGAAUGUCAAAUUGCAAUAUUGAUUUUUUUUUAGAUGUUUUUCUUCGAUGUGGGCUUUUUAAUCCCCCUGUUCAAGGAAUACAUACACAUAUAUACAUAAUAUCACGCCUAUCUCCCAUUGGGGUAGAUAGUGACCACGGGAUUCUAACUCAAAUAUUGACACAUCACUUUCGCUUCCAAUCUCAUUAAAGCAGCUUCGUUUUCACUUAAGGACAUUUUUAUUGAAAUGUUUUCUGAAUUCCUAUUUUUAAUUCUAUAUACAGUCAUGAGCAAUAUAAUGUACCCACUUUAGGACUCUGUCGCACUAACAUAUUUGACAUUUAGUGAGACUUACAGUUCAAUUUGUCAAAAAAGUUAAUGUGACAUGGUACCAAAGUGUAUACAUAUUAAUGCUCGUGAUACAUACAUAAUCUUCAUCGGGCUAGGCAGAUAAACAAGUCAUAAUAUUUUGUCUAUACAAUUAAUUUAUUAAAGUUAUAUGGGAAUAGAAUUAAAAAUAGGUCUUAUAUACUUAUUGUCGUUCCAUUGACAACUAGAGACACAGUAACAGUGUUACCAUGCAAACAAAGUCACGCCAAAUUACUAAGUAACAAUUACUUUUAUACAGACUGUUAGUGACAUCGUAAAGAAUACCGAGGGGGAUGAUUCAGACCAUGAUUCUGAGUUGAUAUCAAGUGGAAUUUUCCGUCGCAAAAUUCAUGUACCUAUUUUUUUAAAUUAUUCUAUACUUUUACGAUGGAGAAUUGCACUUGGUAUCAACUCAGACUCAUGGUCUGAAUCAUCCCCCUCACUAUUUGUUACGUUGUCACAAGUAUAUUGGGUGUUAGUGACAUCGUAACGAAUACUGACGGGGAUGAUUCAGACCAUGAUUCUGAGUUGAUAUCAAGUGGAUUUUCCUGUCGAAAAAUUCAUGAAAAUUAUUGUUUUUUUUUUUCUAUACUUUUGCGACGGAAAAUUCCACUUGAUAUCAACUCUGAAUCAUAGCCUGAAUCAUCCCUCAAAGUUUUCGUUACGACGUCACUAACACCCUGUGUAUACUCUGUCGCUAUAAUAUAUUUUUUUAAUUGUGUACCCGAAAAUUGAGGGAAAUAGGUAAUUAUAAGGUUAAAUCUGUACAGCGCCAUCUAUAUUGUGUUCGGUGUACGUAGCCUCGAAAUUCCCUCAUUCCUACUGUGAACAGUCAUGAGCAAUAUAAUGUACCCACUUUAGGACUCUGUCGCACUAACAUAUUUGACAUUCAGUGAGACUUACAGUUCAAUUUGUCAAAAAAGUUAAUGUGACAUGAUACCAAAGUGUAUACAUAUUAAUGCUCGUGACCGAACCUAUUUGUCUUUGGAAAGUCAAUGUAUUUAAAGUACAUAUAAUAUAUAUAUGUGUACAGAAAUAUAUCACAUUUAGAUAUAAAUUAAAUUAUUUUGACAAAGAAAUUCCAUACUAAAGGUUGGUUAAUAAAUAUUAAUCGUUAUUUUUUUUAAUAAUCAAAUUGCCAAUAUGUCAACUAAUCGAUAUACUUUUCUUUUUAAAUUAUCUCUAUGAAAAUAUACUAUAAAGUAUAAUUAUCAAAGUUAAACAUGUAGGCAGCAUUUCUAUUUUUAACCGACUUCAAAAAAGGAAGAGGUUAUUUUGUUUAUCUUCAGGCUACGAUUUCUUUUUUUAGUUAAAUAACAGACAUAGACGGGUAGACAGCCACAAUUAUUCGAAAAUAUUUUGAGUUAAUUGCUGUUUGUGGCUUAAAAUAACACCAGGUGAGAGCGCUCAGCGCUCCCCAUUUGUCCGGCCAAGUAGUUAAUGCCAUUUGCGGCAAAUCUACAAUAAGUCACGUCAAAAAGAAAGUUUACAAUAACUUGAAUACAUUGUAUAUAAAGUGAUAUUAUCAGACAAUUGAAAAGUUUAUUUCAACAUACCGUAAGUUCACGACUAUAUCUCAAUUGGGGUAGUCAGAGGAACAUCCAUCGCAAGAUACCCUUUAUAAUAUUCUCUGUCGGUAAAAAAAAUAUAUUAAAACGAAUCAAAUGGUUGUGCAAAUAUAUCAAAUUAAAAAGUAACAUUUCUGUGGGAUUUCUUUGUUAAUUUAACUCUUAACUUUUUUGUAAGAUAACUUAUACACUGUUGUUGUUUUUUUUUUUUUUUUUCAAAAUUUUGACUUGAAUUUGCAAGACCUUACUUUGAAAGUUCAGUCGCAUCAAAAUAUAGAUGAUAAAAAUUGUAUAAUUAAUAAAAAAAUAAAGUUUAUUUUUAA